CAAACAUCCACAUCUUCACGCCGUUACCGACGAAUUUCCAGCGGGCCACAGACUUGAACUGAACUAAGUCGUUCUGACUUUCUAUUCCUUUGUUCUUCGUGGUAGUUCCUUUCUCCUUCUUUUUGAAUUCGGAUCUUUUGCGUUGCGUUGCAAUCUGAGAGCAAAUCGGCGAAAAAAAAACCGAAUAGAACGAUUUCGAUCCCUGUUCCCUCAGAGAAAAAAGAGAAAAGAAAAAGGACGGAAUGGAACAGUCAAAUUUCUACACGACAUGGCUGACGUCGCAGCCAGGUCAAUCGACAAAUUCAUCUACUUUCGACGAUUGGCCUAAAGAGCGUCCAACGACGACUACCCACGCGUCUGCAACGCCCUCAACAACAUUGGGAGAGAUAAAUGACAUUUUCACCGAACUCGGAGCCCCACCUUCGGCUCCCACCAACUCUCCCUCGACAUCUUUCUUCGCACCUCAUAACUACUAUGUUCAAGCUCCAUACAAUUCAAUACCGUACGGCUCUUCAUGGCAACCCUCGUCUUCUUCAUCGACCACUGUACCUGUAUCUUCCUACUCUUCCUUGAAUGGCGCCACGAGUUCGGCAGCGCAUUCAAUGCAGCGGCCUUUGCAGUCGCCAACACAGAUGGUAAUAGAUCCUGCUUUGACCUCUGUGGGUGGCCCCUCUCAGUCAGCUUCGCAACCACCAAGGGCGUAUUCCCAGCCACUUUCGUUGACUUCUUCGCCACAUACUUCGCUUUCCGCGCAACCACCGCAGCAAAACCAGGCCCAACAACCAUUCUCAUUCUCAUCUUUGUCCACUAUAUAUCAUCCAAGCCACAACGUUCCUCCGGCUCUCCUUAAUCAGUACCACUCCUUACAGCAGCAACAAUCGCCGCCUCAGCUUCAUCUACAGCAACCGCAACAGGUUCAACAAUCUCAGGGCACUCUUUCUCCCCAAUCAUUGCAUUCUCCCUCGGCCUUUACAGUUGUUGCACCGAAUUCGUUUUAUGCACAACCGUCGCAUCAGCAAAAUGGACUCCCUUCGAUACCCAAUGCCGCGUCAUCUACGACUGUUUCGUCUCUACAACCAGCUCAUCCUCUACCAACCACUGCCGAACAACGUGCUCAGUUAUAUGCCGUAAUCAAACCAAUGCUUCAAGCAGCCAGUUUCACCGGGGCGGGAGCUGUGCAGACAUUAGCACAACGAAUCGACGAUUUUGGUACUACUGAAAUCGACGCUCAGCUUCGGAUGGAGGUGCUGACUAAAAUCAGAGAUGGGGCUGGCAACCACUAUUUUCGUGCGUGGGGCGAAAACGCCACGGCGUUAGAAAUCACUAGAGAAUGGUUGAAGCAGGCCUAUGCAGCCAAGCAAGAUAAUCCGUUGUCAGAGACGACCAUGCCUUUAUUGCAUAUCAUUGAUCGUUUACCGCUGACGGUCGACUCCCUCAAAACUUCGAAGCUUGGCAAACUCGUGGUCAAACUUGUAAAGGAACCUCCUACUCCUGCGAUCAAGGAUAUGGCAUCGAACAUCGAACGACGAUGGCGCCAGCUCGUUGACGGGGCAUCGUCCAAAGCAACAGAGGAUAUCAAACCAAAAAAACGAAAACUAGAGGCCCCGAUCAAAGCUCCGCCACUAUCCAAGAAACCCGCUGUGGGUUCUGCGACGUCCACGAAGCCCAUAGCAGUCAAGAAAGAGGCCUCCUCGCUAUUAACCAAAACACCGCCUACAAAAGAUGCCAAAUCUGAUUCGUCGUUUUUCUCUGCUCCCAAAGCGAAACCAAAGCUGCCGAGUUUCAAGAAGGCGCCACUGCCCCUGCCCGGUAACUCAGGAACGGGAAAGAAGGGGGUCAAUAACAACGUAGCGCAACCGUCGUCGAUUGACCCCUUCCAAGAGGUUCUCAAGUCAAUGUCGAAAGGGCGCAAAGGGUCCCCUGUAAUUGGCGCACCUUCUUCUGCUACUCCACCUCCGGGUUCGUCGAACACACCCCCCAGUGUAGCGGGAACACCGAACAUUGCCGGAAACUCUGGGUUGACUAAGCUUGGAAGGAAAAAGAAAUCUGUGACGUGGGCUCCGGAUCAUAGCCUCGAGGCGAUCAAGUUUAUUGAGCCGGCUGUUUAUGACGAUGAGCCUGUCGACGGUAUGCAUUUGAACCUGCGCGAUCUGGAUCGCGGUGAAGGUGCUGCUUUACAUGCACAUUUGUUCGAGGAAACUGUAGAUUGGUAUGAGCCUCUUCCAAUCGAGAUACCAAUCGACAUCGAUUAUCCAGCACGAGGCGAGCAAAGCGAGGAGAAGACGGUGCAGGAUCAACGAGAGCAGACUGCUUUAAGUGCGCUCUACAUGACUGAAGCCCAAAUUCCUGAUACGCCAUCCGAAGCAACCAAUACACUACCGGAGGACGAAAUUGACAAGGAUGUGAUAACGAUGAUAUCUGGACCGGAAGCUGACUCUGUCUUUUGGAGUAGCGAGGCCUCAGCCGCUCCUCCAGCACUUUUUGGCGGCGCCGUAGCAGAUAUUUUGUCUCAGCUCUCCACUGGAAAUUUCUCGCUAAUGAAUGGUGCGAAUAGCAGCGGAGGCGCCGGCGAGAUUAACGGCGGUAUGCCGAUGGGUCACAGUCACGAUAUGAUGAACUUGAGUAAUGUAGACCCCUUGUCUGUGCAGUCUCUUCCUCCAGAGCAGCUACAAGUUUUGCUUCAACAAUUAAAUCCUGCGUUUGGAAAUGAUCAGUCGUGGCAGAAUCCUGCCUCUGCCAAUCAUUACUCGCAAUACGGCUACAGUGAUGAUAACAGCAACGAGCCUUCUCCACGAUGGGUAGAAGGUCGGGGAAGGGGAAGAGGCAGAGGCAGAGGCAGGGGAGGUAGAGGAGAAGAUGGCUUUAGAAAUAGUAAAAGAAAACCAUGCAGUUUCUUUCAAUCCGGAAGAUGCAAGUACGGCGAUCAGUGUGACUUUGCACAUGAGAUGAUCUCAUAAGGUAACUCAGUCUGGAGAAGAGGCGGCUUUUGAAUUGAGUAGGGACUGUUACAUAUCCGCAUUUGCACGCAUAAAUCAUUUCACUAUUACUCGCAUCAGUACUAUAUUCUAUGUACCUCAUCCAAAUUUCAUGUUCACGACAUGCUUAUCGACACGA